UGGGGGUGCCUGCGGGAGCCUCCGCGGCGGAGAAGGAGGAGGAGGAGGCCGCCGCGAUUGCGGCGGAGCUCCGUGCUGAAGGCUAGGAACGCUUGAGUGGGGGAAACUGAGGGGGGGGGGCGCUGUGUGGAGAGCCAGUGCGCGCGCCCGGGCGCCAGGCGUCUGUGAGGGGAGAAGUGGAGCGGAGGGCCGCGGGUGAAAGCGGCGGCAGCAGGAGCGGCGGCGGAGCAGUGAGUGAGCGGCGGCGGCCCCCGCGUUCCCCGCGCCUCUAUGGGGGAAACAGACAAUGGAUUAUGACUUUAAGGCGAAGCUGGCGGCCGAGCGGGAGCGGGUGGAGGAUCUGUUUGAGUACGAGGGAUGUAAAGUGGGACGCGGCACCUACGGUCACGUCUACAAGGCGAGGCGGAAAGAUGGAAAAGAUGAAAAGGAAUAUGCAUUGAAGCAAAUUGAAGGCACAGGAAUAUCCAUGUCGGCUUGUAGAGAGAUUGCACUUUUAAGGGAAUUGAAGCACCCUAAUGUGAUUGCAUUACAAAAGGUGUUCCUUUCUCACAGUGACAGAAAGGUUUGGCUGCUAUUUGAUUAUGCAGAACAUGAUUUAUGGCACAUCAUUAAGUUUCACCGGGCCUCAAAAGCAAAUAAGAAACCAAUGCAGUUGCCAAGAUCAAUGGUUAAAUCACUGCUUUACCAGAUUCUUGAUGGAAUCCAUUACCUCCAUGCAAACUGGGUGCUUCACAGAGACUUGAAACCAGCAAAUAUCCUAGUAAUGGGAGAAGGCCCGGAAAGGGGGAGAGUCAAAAUAGCUGACAUGGGUUUUGCCAGAUUAUUCAAUUCUCCCUUAAAACCUUUAGCAGACUUGGAUCCAGUAGUAGUGACAUUUUGGUAUCGAGCUCCAGAACUUUUGCUUGGUGCAAGGCAUUAUACAAAGGCCAUUGAUAUAUGGGCAAUUGGUUGCAUAUUUGCUGAACUAUUGACUUCAGAACCUAUUUUUCACUGUCGUCAGGAAGAUAUCAAAACAAGCAAUCCUUUUCAUCAUGAUCAACUAGAUCGUAUUUUUAGUGUCAUGGGAUUCCCUGCAGAUAAAGACUGGGAAGAUAUUAGAAAAAUGCCAGAAUAUCCCACACUUCAAAAAGACUUUAGAAGAACAACGUAUGCCAAUAGUAGCCUCAUAAAAUACAUGGAAAAACACAAAGUCAAGCCUGACAGCAAAGUUUUCCUUUUGCUUCAGAAACUUCUUACUAUGGACCCCACAAAGAGAAUUACCUCAGAACAAGCAUUGCAGGAUCCUUAUUUCCAAGAGGAUCCCCUACCUACAUCAGAUGUGUUUGCAGGCUGUCAGAUUCCAUAUCCCAAACGAGAAUUUCUUAAUGAGGAUGAACCUGAAGAAAAAGGUGACAAGAAUCAGCAGCAGCAGAAUCAGCAUCAGCAACAAACAGCACCUCAACAGCCACAGCAGGCAGCACCACCGCCACCACCACCACAGCCGCAGCAGCAGCAGCAACAAAACAACACUCAGACAAAUGGAACAGCAGCAGGAGCAGGAGGAGGGGGUACUGGGGCAGGGCUCCAGCACAGCCAAGACUCAGGCCUUAAUCCAGUGCCUCCAAAUAAGAAACCACGGCUAGGUCCUUCAGGCACUAACUCAGGCGGGCCUGUCAUGCCUUCUGAAUAUCAGCACUCCAGUUCACGCCUGAGUUACCAAAGCAAUGUUCAGGGAUCGUCUCAGUCCCAGAGUACCCUGGGCUAUUCCACAUCAUCUCAGCAGAGCUCCCAGUACCAUACUGCUCACCAGGCUCACCGAUACUGAGAAAUCCAGCAGACUCCCCUCAGCAUAGAAUGAAUGAACCAAAAGUCGAAAGG